AUAUAUGUAUAUGUAUAUGCAUAUGAUGUAUGAUGUCAAUGUGAUAAAUGAUGUGAAGGGGAAAAGAAUAUGGUCCUGAGGAGCGAGCGACGACCUCCAUAACAGAGAGAGAGAGAGAGAGAGAGAGAGAGAGAGAGAGAGAGUGAGAGAGAGUGGGAGAUAGAGAGUCAUGAGGUCGCCGAGGAGUGAGAAGAGCGGCGGAGAUGACCGAUGGAGGGUGUUGAACGGCGAUUCUGCGGUGGUUUCUAGUCGUCGCAGCUCGAGGCUUUCUUUUUCUGCUCUCUUGGCCUCCCAAGAUCGUGAUUUUCUCCUCUCUCCCACCGGAACUCAGGUUAAAAUUUCCGAGCUUGAGGACAAGGUACUAGGUCUGUACUUCUCGGCCAACUGGAACCCCCAAUGCUGGAACUUCACCCAAAUUCUCGCCGGCGUGUUCGAGGAACUGAGGACCAAUCACGGUAACAAUGGGUCCGGUGGUUUCGAGGUGGUGUUCGUGUCGUCCGACGAGAACUCGGAGGCAUUCGACGGCUACCGCGCGUGCAUGCCGUGGCUGGCGAUUCCCUUCUCCGACGUCGAGACCAAGAAGGCCCUGAACUGCCGGUUCGACGUGGAGGGCAUCCCUUGCCUCGUCAUUCUCCAGCCGAGUCACGGCUGCGCCGGUGGUGAAGAAGUAGCGGCGUUGAAAGACGGCGUUGAAGUCGUCUACCGGUACGGGGUGGCGGGGUUUCCGUUUACGGCUGAGAGGGUGGAGGAGCUGCGGAGGGAGGACGCGGAGAGGCAUGAGAGGCAAACGCUGACGAGUUUGCUGACUAAUCGUGAUAGGGACUUUCUAUUGGCUAAUUCCGCACCUGAACAGGUUCCUGUUGCCUCGUUGACAGGUAAAACAGUUGGGCUAUAUUUCUCAGCCCAAUGGUGCCUUCCAUGCGUGAAAUUCACCCCCAGACUCAUCUCAAUCUACCACAACAUCAAGCAAAUGCUAGCUCAAGACCCAAACGAGGACUUCGAAAUAGUCUUCGUAUCGAGCGAUCGCGAUCAAAUGACAUUUCGUUCUUACUUUAGUUUCAUGCCAUGGCUAGCGAUUCCGUUUGGAGACCAAAACAUAAAAGACCUCACCAAGCAUUUCGAUGUCCAGGGAAUUCCAUGUUUGGUGAUCUUAGGCCCCAAUAGUAAGACUGUAACCAAACAGGGGAGGAACCUCAUCAAUCUGUAUCGGGAGAAAGCGUACCCUUUCACGGAGGCCCAAUUGGAGGUUUUGGAGAGACAAAUGGACGAAGAGGCCAAGGCCUUGCCUAGGUCGCAGUUCCACCACGGGCACCGCCACGAGCUCAACUUGGUCUCAGAGGGCUCCGGGGGAGGCCCGUUUAUAUGUUGCGACUGCGACGAGCAGGGCUCUGGAUGGGCUUACCAGUGCAUCGAAUGCGGGUACGAGAUCCACCCAAAGUGCGUGAGGCCCGCGGACCGUGGCUCGGGGGCUGCCAGGUGAGGCUAGUGCUCAAGCUAACUUGGGCUGGCGUUGGCUGUUGGCUGUGUAGAGUGUGCUUGUGUGUUGGGCCUGAAUGAAUGGGCCUUGCGUCUGUGUCUCUGUAUGUAUCAUGUUGGGUUGGGCUUGUGUGGGUUUGACUGAAUGUGUGGGCCGGGGGGGGGGGGUGUAGUUGCACAAGGUGUAUAUAGGCCUAAACUCGGCCUUGCAAAGUAAUUAGAGCCGUUUCCUUUCCUAAAUAAGCAUCACUCGGCUCCUUGUCAUUGUAA